UAGUUGGGCCUCGCAGACGGUGACAAAACAGUUGCGCGUCCUUCCUCAUUCACUCGUUUACAAGUUCUCUCGCUGAGAACAGAUUGAUCGCAGCCAUGACAAAGGACCCAAACAAGCCGAGAGGAAAAACCUCCUCCUACGCCUACUUUGUCCAGACCUGCCGCGAGGAGCACAAGAAGAAGCACCCGGGGACCAGCGUCAGCUUCGCGGAGUUCUCCAAGAGAUGCUCCGAGAGAUGGAAGACCAUGUCACCCAAGGAGAAGGUGAAGUUCGAGGACAUGGCCAAAAAUGACAAGAUUCGAUAUGACAGAGAGAUGAAGUCCUACGUCCCCCCUAAAGGCACCAAGAAGGGCAAGAAGAAGAAGGACCCCAACGCCCCAAAGAGGCCACCCUCCGCUUUCUUCGUGUUCUGCGCGGACCACCGCUCCAGGAUCAAGGAAGACAACCCUGGGAUCUCCAUCGGCGACACCGCCAAGAAGCUCGGCGAGAUGUGGGCCACGCAGAGUUCCAAAGACAAGGCUCCCUACGAGGCCAAGGCCGCCAAGCUGAAGGAGAAAUACGAGAGGGAUGUCGCCGCCUACAAAGCCAAGAGCGGCUCAGGAAAGAGCGAUGCUGGUAAGAAGAGCGGUCCCGGCAGGCCCGCCGCCAAGAAGGCAGAACCAGCCGAUGACGACGAUGAUGAUGACGAUGACGAGGACGACGACGAGGAGGAAGAUGAAGACGACGAUGAUGAGGAUGACGACUAAGUGUGUUAAAGGAUGUGAAGUUUGCAAUGCAUUGUUCAGCUUAACUCCUGUUUGUUUGUGGAUGAUUCCAACAGUAUAGCCUGCUGUCCCUGUCGGUCUGCCUCUGUAGGGGCGGACCUGUACUCCUUUUCCAAUUCAGGGAUUUAGUUUUUGUUGCUUAGUCCCCUUAUGAUUUGUUUUUUUUUUUUUUUUUUUUUAAGUUUUUCUGCUGAGCUCGGGUUCGUUGCAUCUUGGAGCCUGUCGCUGUUUGAACAGGCAGCCAGAUAUAAAGUUCCUGUGAUGAAAUGACGGACUGAGACUCCUGUGCAGGCAGUUGGACAGCAGCAAGUCAAGUUGUUCUGUUGUUGUUUUUUUUUUUUUUUAAAAAGAAAUUAUUGUUUCUGGAAGCACUGCUUAUGUUUUCUGUUGUAGUGGUGCUGUUUCUUCACUGUCAUUUUACUACCAGGAUUUAUCUGUAGUUUGAUUCAAGAUGUUUGCAGCCAUUUUUAAUGUGGAACUUUGAAGACUUGUAGAACGAAUUUUUCUUUUGUAAUAAAAUUUUGUAUAUUGAUUAUAAA